GUCAGCCAUUUGAGUUUGGUUUUCCGUUUGCCGCGCGCUUUCGUUGAGUUUAGUCGUGACCCCUGUGAAUUCCUGUGUAUCACAGCUGUGUAUGCUUCCCAGCUGUUUUUUUUUCAAAGAUCAGUAUUAACAGAAUAUAAAAAUCGUCAAAAUGGAAUUACUUCCAUAUAAAGCGGAUUAUGCUAAAUCAGGACGUGCAUCAUGUAAAUAUUGUGGAUUGAAGAUACCUGAGGGAUCCUUACGUAUAGGUCGUCAGGAGAAGAUGCCAGGUGCAGAUAAAUUUUGGACAAAAUGGUAUCAUGUGAGCUGCAUCUUUAAAGAUAAUAUCUUUGGUGACUACCACCCACCUACUACCAAUGCUGAAAUCAGUAAUUUCAUGCAACUCAAUGUGCAAGAUCAGGAGUAUAUUAAUUGCAUAAUUGAGGCAGGCAGCAUGAAGACCGAAAUACCGCAUCCCUAACCUGUUAUUGUUGCCACAAGGUACUGAGGGACGCGGGGGGGUGUGAGGGGAACGUUAUUUUAAUGCGGUAAACAUCUGAACAAACGCGCAGCAAUUAUCCUGUCUUAUAAAAUAGCAAUUUAACAAAACAAAAAACGAAACAAACUACACUGGAGAAGUGGAGAUAAUAAUAUAGCCUAUUUGUCG